AUGUUGGAAUAUUGCAGCCGUUUCAUUUUAGUGGAGGUUCUGUGUUAUUUGGCACCGCUCUGUACAAAGAAUAUCAGCUUGUUUUGGCAAGAUGCUGAUUGGGUGAUUUCUUCGACGAAUGCUUUUGCUAAGCAAUAUGAACUUUAUACAUCUGACGAUGAGCAUGCUGUGCUUCUGCACCGACUUCAACAAAUUCCACAGCUUCAUUACCCAAUAGAGGCUAUCCAGAGUAUUCCUUUUUCUGACUCCAAAUUUCAGAUUCUUGAAGCACAGAAAGCUGAGUUGAGGUGUCUUUUACCAAGAACAUGCAGACGCAGCACACCACAAACCAAAAGCAACAAUAAGUGCACAGACCGUCGAGUAUUUCCUGAGGAUUUCUUGACUGCCUUGAGGACAAUAGGCAUGCAGGAAGAUGAGCUUUGUCAGGUUUCAUCAUUACUCAAAGAGGGGCACCAAUUUAGGAUUAUAGAAGUGGAGUUCACCUAUGAUCGAUUGAUCAUGCACAUUGUGAGACCAAUAAAUGAAGAAGUAAAGAUAGAGUGA